UGCUAACUUGUUUUCAGCUGAAGGUCGCAUGAUUUGCUUUCAUUUCUGGUUCAAUGCUUCAAUUUGCGCUCUAUGUUUCAUAAUUUACAAACAACGCAACUUGCCGCUAGAAAACUCUUCCAAGAUGAGCGCCGUGGAUGCCAUUAUCAAUUAUAAGCGCAAUCCCAACGAGGACUACUACAAGUUGCUCCACUGUGACGAGACCUCCUCGCCCGAGCAAAUUCAGGCCGAGUACAAGGCUCUCGCUCUACAAUACCAUCCCGAUAAGAAUGCUGGCGACAAGGAAGCUGAGGCCAAGUUUCAGUCCUUGAAGGAGGCCAAGGAGACGCUGUGCGAUCCGGAGAAGCGCGCAGUGUAUGACAAGUGGCUGAACAGCGGCAUCUCGAUGAGCUACAAGCAGUGGCUGGGCAUGAAGGAGCACGUCGGCCAGGUGAGAAGAUACACAAUUGCCGAGAAGGUGGAUAAAGAGUCCAUGCAUUGGGCCACGCCCAAGACCAAGGACCGCAUGCUACCCGAUUCCACUGGCGGGGGCGCUGUAACUGCUGGGUGCAGCGGUGGCGCAGCUGGCGGCGGUGGCGGCGGCUUGACGGCAGCAUCCCCCAAUCCGGCUCAUCGUCGCGCCUCCGAGGGCGGCGCUGCCCUUUACUACGGCAACCGCAAGACCGAGUGGGGCACGGAGAACACCGACGUGGCUAAUAAGUUUCGCAAUUAUGAAAUCUAAACACACAAUUUUUAGGGCUGUCGUUUCGGGCAAAUUACACGCAUAUAUAGAUGCAUAUUCUUUGUAACCUAACAAAAAGGUGAAUAUAUCUCGAUGUGAAAUUAUACAAGAAUUACAUAAUCAUAUUUAAUCAAAUCGAUGUCUAUACCAAUAUACAACAACAUAUAGUAACCAAAGCGUUGAGAAAACAUUUAAUUGUCUAUGAGGAAAUACAUUUAUUUAUGAAACGUAUAUAUCGUUAUAUAAAAGUUUAUAGCUGUAAUUAUAAUUGCAAUUGAAAAAAAAACGGUAAUUUAUUUAAAGAAGAAACUGUAAUUUCAAUAAACUAAGGCCUGAUUGCGCGACAAAAUAAUCUUAAGUUAAAAACAUUUUCAACAUUUAAAAUCAAUUAGUCGAUUUUAAAUGAUUAAAUCAUGAAGAGGCUUAGUAUAAUUAAAGACUCGAGUUUUGCAAAACCGAAGUCAACACUCUACAUAAGUAAUCAAAU